CUUCUUAGGAGCGUUUUCUAAUAGAUAACAACGGUGACAGGAUCAAUAUGCAACAUAAAAAAAAAUAAGCUAAAACGUUUUGUAAUCACGGAAAUUCUGGCACACGUUGUGUGCGUGUGCGUAUGUAUGUGAAUGUGUAAGAGUUUUCGUAUAUUUGGGCGUUUUUUUAACGUCCGGUUCAACCCCAACAAACACCACCACCAGCAACAGGAACACCAUCCAUGCCAGCGUAAAUAUUAGCUCAAUACAUAUUGUCCAGGCAUUGUUUUUAUAUCUGGACGCUCUUAACGCCGUUAAUCUAUAUCUGUCGUGUUUUAAGGAUCCUCACUACAAAAAGAUGCUUUUCUUGACUCUCUUGUCACUGCUCCUACUUUCUGAGUGUGAAUCAAUGAGUGUCAAGGAAUAUUCUUCACUUCCAGAAAACCUGAAGACGAAGGAUAAAGAUGAUAACCAUGGAGGAAUUAAAAUGGGUGUUGUUUCCAAAUUUUGUGAUGAUGGCAAGGUCUACCUUGAUGUGGAUCUCAAGGAUUCUACCAUUGGUUAUAAGUGCGAAUAUGAUAUUAACCAUGCAAAUCAAGUGCCUUUCUACGAAGUCUCAUCGGAUGAAGAGGAGGAUCCACCAAUCCAUGUUUGCCUGCCGGAAAACAUCACAUAUGACAAAGACAUACCAACAUCUGGAAGUCACCGACCUCUGUGGCCAAUAUAUGGAGGUUAUAAGUACUUGCCACCACAGCGAUGGUUACAUUCACUUGAGCAUGGUGCAGCUGUAUUCUUAUAUCAUCCAUGUGCCGAUAAAGUUAAUAUUAGCUAUUUUAAAAGAAUAGCUUUUGGUUGCUUAAAAAAGAUUAUUGUGACUCCAUCAAGUAAGGUACCAAAGAGUAGGCCAUUUGUUGUUGUGGUAUACAAGAAGAAGUUGCUGAUGAAUACGGUUCAGGAAGACGUGAUUACAAAAUUUCUAGAGACUAAUGACUGGUUUGUUGCUCCAGAACAUAAUGUGUGGACAGAUGGAAUUUACUCACUAGACUUGCAAAAAUCUUCUUAUAAUAACUCCUUGCUUCAAGAUAACUACAAGAACAUAUGUUUAGAGGAAUUCAUCUCAACUAAUACUACUGCUGCUGCUGUUACCACUACUGCUGCUACUACUACUGCAGAUAAUAAUAACAAUACUAAUUAUUCUUUUCAAAAAUUGUAAUUAUGAUAAUAACGAUAAUAAUAAUGAUAAAGAUUGUCAUGAUGAUUUUUCUUUUUGCCACCUGGGCACUAUGAUACAGAAACAUUUAAAAGGAAAGAAUAAAGAAAACACUAUCUCAUAAAAAAUAUAAUUAUGGUGGUGCUAAUAAAUUAUUUUGAAAAAGCAUAA